CUCCGCUCCCGCCGCCCGGCUCCGCACCGCUCCGCACCGCUCCGCGCAGCCCCCGCCGCCCGCCCAUGGUGCUGCCCGGCCCGCCCGGCAUGUCCCGCUCCGAGGAGGUGCACCGCCUGACCGAGAAUGUCUACAAGACGAUCAUGGAGCAGUUCAACCCCAGCCUCAGGAAUUUCAUUUCUAUGGGGAAGACCUAUGAAAAGGCCUUGGCAAGUAUGACAUACGCAGCAAAAGGAUACUUCGAUGCUCUGGUUAAGAUGGGAGAGUUGGCCAGUGAAAGCCAAGGAUCUAAAGAAUUGGGAGACGUGCUCUUCCAGAUGGCAGAGGUCCACAGGCAGAUCCAGAACCAGCUGGAGGAGAUGCUCAAGUCCUUCCACAACGAGCUCCUGACGCAGCUGGAGCAGAAGGUGGAGCUGGACUCCCGGUACCUGAGUGCUGCGCUGAAAAAAUACCAGACGGAGCAGAGGAGCAAGGGGGAUUCGCUCGACAAGUGCCAGGCAGAGCUGAAGAAACUUCGGAAGAAGAGCCAAGGCAGCAAAAACCCCCAGAAAUACUCUGACAAGGAGCUGCAGUACAUUGAAGCCAUCAGCAACAAGCAAGGCGAGCUGGAAAACUACGUCUCCGAUGGCUAUAAGACAGCUCUCACGGAAGAGAGGAGACGGUUCUGCUUCCUGGUAGAGAAACAGUGCGCGGUAGCGAAGAGCGCAAUCACCUACCACGCCAAGGGGAAGGAGAUGCUGACACAGAAGCUGCCGCUGUGGCAGCAGUCCUGCUCGGAUCCCAACAAGAUCCCGGACCGCGCUAUACAGCUGAUGCAGCAGAUGGCUGCCAGCAGCAAUGGCACCAUUAUGCCCAGCCCUCUGUCUACAUCCAAAUCCAACCUCAUCAUCUCUGACCCCAUCCCUGGUGCCAAACCUCUCCCUGUCCCCCCGGAGCUGGCACCUUUUGUAGGACGCAUGUCGGCGCAGGAGGCCAUGCCGGUGAUGAAUGGAGUCUCAGGCCCAGACAGUGACGGGUACAACCACUGGUCUGAGAUGAAGCCAGCACAGCCCAAAUCUUUAUCUCCUCCCCAGCCUCAGAAGCAGCUGAGUGACUCUUACUCCAAUACACUCCCAGUUCGCAAAAAUGUGCCACCGAAAAACAGCUACGCAUCAGCCGAAAACAAGACGCUGCCGCGCUCCAGCUCCAUGGCCGCAGGGCUCGAGAGGAACGGCAGGACGAGGGUGCAGGCCAUUUUCUCUCACGCUGCCGGGGAUAACAGCACCCUCCUGAGCUUCAAGGAGGGUGACCUCAUCACGCUGCUGGUGCCGGAGGCCAGGGACGGCUGGCAUUACGGAGAGAGCGAGAAAACGAAAAUGAGGGGCUGGUUUCCUUUCUCCUACACACGGGUCCUCGACAGCGAUGGCAGUGAGCGGGUCCACACGAGCCUGCAGCAAGGGAAGAGCAGCAGCACCGGCAACCUGCUGGACAAAGAUGACAUCGCCAUCCCGCCGCCCGACUACGGCAUGGCUUCCCAAGCCUUCCCGGCACAAGGUGUCAACACCUUCAAGCAGAGGCCGUACAGCGUGGCCGUGCCCGCCUUCUCCCAGGGUCUCGACGACUACGGGACGAGGUCCGUCAGCAGCGGCAGUGGCAGUUUGGUAUCAACGGUGUGAGGACACCUUGGCUAGCGGCGGCCCCUUGCUGCUUGGAAGAGCUUUCUGCUUCUUUCCCCCCUUUUUUUCUUUCCCCUUCGUUUCUCUUUCUCUACUUCUUUUGGAUUUUAAACUCUUGUGAUCUUCAAGGAAACCAUGGUGCUUCUCCUCCCCUCCCUGGUGUUCACAGUGCCCUUGUUUCUGAAGCCUUCUCAGAGCAGAAACUGCCGAUCGGUCUGUGCUCGCUUUGAAGCAGCCUGGAUGCAGUUUACACUUUAGUGGGACCCAGUUUUUGUACUCCCGUGUGAAUGUUAGCGAUGCACUAUCCCUCCUCUGGGGCUGCGCGCCAGCCGCCUCGCACGAGCCUGGACAAAACCUCCCAGACCGGAACAAAUAUGCAUGGCCUCUGGUGUCCGUACUGUUACCGAGCAUCCGGGAUGCCCGCGCCCGGGAUGCUGUACCCGUGGGGGGCAGCAGCCCCGCGCCUCCCCCUUGGCCUGAUCCGCUUCCAUCCAACCGCCCGCCGCGGUGGCUUUGGCAGAAGCGGAUGGCUCCCGCCCCGGGGAAAGGGCUGCUUCUCGGCUGGGGUCCUGCCGGCCGUGGGGCGCAGCCGGCAGCCCCCCCGGAAGGGUUACUCCUGGUUGUUUUAUAAAUACAUAUAUAUAUUUUUUGUAGCAAGGUAUUGUUACCUCACGUUAGCGCUGGGGGCUGGCGCGGAGCCGUCCGAGGAUGCGCUCGCACCCCAAAACCGGGCUUGAGUGAGGCAGCCCCCCCCCCCCCACUGUGCCGGGGGCUCGGCAGCACCCGGGGGUCUCCCACCCUGGCGCUGCGUCUCCCGCAGCAGAGCCCGGCCGUGGCCCUUCCAGCGCCCGUGGCAGUCUCCACCGCAAAGCUGUACACGCUUUCUUUUUUCUGAUGUGAUUUUUAAAACCUCUUACAUUGCCCAUUUACUAGGACGUUGCUGGCAAUACAGACACACACAUGGACAAGUUUUUGUUUUAUAUACUCGCCUAUGGGCAUAUUGUAACAAAACCCUCCUGCAUCGAUGUCCUAAUUUUGCUAAAGAUUUUUAACCCAGGAUAUUUCAUGCUGAAUGACUGAAUGUAGAGGGGGGGAAAAAAAUCCCAGCCUAGUGAAGCCUGUAUGGAGAUUGUAAAGUGCUGGAAAACCUUUUUUUAAAAGCCAGAGAGAAAUGUGCCCUGUACUGAGUUAUUGUUUGAAUAAAAGUUUUAUUUAUUGCAUUGA